AUCGCAAUUGUCGCGCAUUUUAUGAUUGCGCGUAUUUAAUGGUUGAGGUUUCGCUUAAUGAGGGCAAACCAUUAAGUAAUUCAAAAAGAAAACGCCGAAAAAUGUGUAUCGCACUCAGGCAUUUAAGUAACGAAUUGUGAGCUCAGAACCGCACACCUGAAUCGCACACAACACCGCACAGACUGUACGAUUUUUCGAGCGACAAUAACAUUCAGUUUCAAUUCAAAUAUCGGUAACGAUGUACAACAGUGACGAUGAUGUGCGAUCGGAAAGUGAUUUGUGUUACUUCUUGCUGGCCAUCAUAACAGUGUUAUCGUUUAUAUCGAACGGAUCAGCGUACGAUGGCAAUAGUUGGAAUGAAAUUGCCCGAAUGGCAAACAUCAGCGAAAGUGAUUUCGAUCAAAUCGUUGAUGGUGGACCGUUGACUGACGGCAAAAUUGGACUGUUUUUGUUCACCCAAUACUGUGGACCGGGUGAAAGAGUGUGGAAAUCUAUAUCCGGUUCGGGCAAGCGACCAUCAGCAGCUACGUAUGCCGAUAUAGACGUGUGUUGCAAACAACACGACGAAUGUCCCAAUUAUAUAUCGAGCGACGGAGACUAUGACAGAUACGCCGGACUUUCGCAUAAAUCGCAGAUAUUUACCAGAUUGGAGUGUGCCUGUGAUGGCCAAUUCUUUCGAUGUUUGAACGAUCUAAACAGUCAAUAUGCCAGCACCGUUGCGUUCGGUUAUGGAGUGGUGCAAAGUCAGUGCUUCGAAUUGACUUAUCCCAUCGUUGGCUGUAAUAAAUAUUCAAACGAUAUACUUCCGCCAAGACGUUGCCUGGAGUACAGAGUGGAUGAUACAAAAGAGAAGAUUUGGCAAUGGUUCGAUGUGCCACCGGCUUCUUCUAAACUGUACGAGUUUCCCCAAACUAUAACGUCUUAACGACAGUGAUUAUACCGAAGCGGCAAAAACAUUAAAUUCUAGGCCACUAAUUGCGAAGUAGUUCUUACACAAAACCAAAUUGUCGAAUAAAAUUGUCUUAUCACAGU